AAAUACACACAAAUCACAUUGCUUUUUCUCUUUCACACUGAAAAGCACAAAAAGUGUUACCGCACCUUUUACAGCGUGAGACCACACACACACAUUACACUGUGUAACUAAAACCCUAGAAAGUUGUAUAUAAUAUAUAUAUAUAUAUAGAUACAAUAAAUAUCUAUAUAUAUUGUGAGGUUUUAUGAAAGGUUAUAGAGACAAUGGCGGGCGGAGUACGACGGUAUACGACGACGUAUUUGGCGGACCGCCGAAGUUUGGAGCUACGACGCUUCCGCCGCGCCUCGAAGACUACACUGAGAUAUUUCAAGGCUUUCACGUUUCCCGAGGCACUUCAAUUCCGGUUUUAGAUCUUCCGGCGCCGGCGGAUGACUCCGGCGACGUUUGGUUUGAUGCUCGGAGCUCUAAGCUUGACUACCGUGAGGUUUUUGGAGGUUUUAAUGGUUUUGAUUUUGCUCUUUCUUAUGAACAGUUGAUUGGUGGCUUGAAAGUUUCAGAAGAUGAUUCUUCUGAUGAUGCUUGGACUCCAGCUCAAAGUGAAUCACUGUCAGAUGAAUCUGAUCCUAACGUUUCUCUGGAAAUUAAUCAGCAAGCGUCCGCUGCAGAAGUCAACGAGCGAUCUGGUGUGAAAUUUCAGAACGAGCCUAAAAUGGAAGUAGAGAAAGAUGUGUUGAGUGGGAAUAAAACUCAAUCUUCUGAUGUCUCUGUAUCUAGUGUACUAGACAAUCAUGCCCUCCCAAGUAAAAUAGAAAACGAGAAUUUAUUCUCGCUGUCUAAUAAUGAUAUUGCAGCUAAAGAUUUUGAUGGAGUUUUGGAAGGGAAACAACUCAGAAAAUCUCUUUCACAACCACUACAAAGAUAUGGAAGUGAUCCAUGUCAUUCGGUAGGAAAUCAGAAACCUUUCCCUGUGGGAACCAGACAAGUUCUUUCUGUGUCUGAUCUCGGUCUUAAGACUCAGCCUUCUCACUUACCUCCUCCGUCAAGGCCACCACCUGCUUUAACAGCUAAGAAGGGAGAUACUAGUCAUCAUGAUUCGAAACUCAAAAUGUCAAAAAGCUAUGCAUUUGAACGGAUUACAGGUAACCAGUCACCACCUUAUUUUGAUGUUGAGAUAGAUGCAGGUUCAUCUGCUGCCGCAGAUGCUGCAGCUAUGAGAGAUGCAGUGGCGCAAGCUCAAGCAAAGCUCAAAAGUGCAAAGGAGUUGAUGGACAGAAAGAAAGACGGUCUUCAAAGUCGUUCAAAGAGUAAUGCAGGAGAUAAAAGGGGAAGGGUAAAUGAGUGUUAUGAGAGAUCGAUUGGGGCUGGUCCGGCUGGAGGUGAGAGAAUAAAGGGAUUACCUGAAAGAGACAGUAAACAUGAGGUAAAAGAAGAAAAGCAUAAUGAUACUAUGGAUUUGGAUCCCAAUGGCUAUUUUACCGGUUUAACAAAGAAUAACACUACCGUUGAAUCUUUCUAUAAGGAGGAUUGUAAGGUUGUACAAGAAAGAGAGCUUUGUGGAGUGGAGGAAAACAAUGAGGGACAAGAAACACGUGAUAGGUUUCACAGGGAAGAACACCUAAAGGAACCCACUAUAUCUCUCAAAACUUGCAGUUUGAGAGAGACAGAAAAGAGUUCAUUUGUUAGCCAGCAGCAUGGAGAUUGUAAAACACCAAAUGAUUCAGAUGAGAGUGAGUUGUAUGAGAACCUGAUAGAAAUUCAGCUAGAAGAUAAUGAUAUGGAAACUGCGGGAAAAAUAGUUGUGGAAAGCUGGUUUAAAAAUGAUAAUGGAAUGGAAGGGGAUGACAUAGGACCAGCCUUUCAUGUCUGGGAAGAUUAUGAUGUUGAACUUGAAGAAGUUCAUGAGAAUGAACAAGAAAAGGGACUUAAGGAGAGCAUAAUGCAGGAUGAAGAGCUUCAACAACCCGUACCUCUUGAAAUAUCAACUAUUCAGAGUGAAGAGGAAGAGGAUCUUGAAAGAGAAGAAAGCAAAAGAAUAGUUAAAGAUCCAUUUGAGUUGGAAGAGAGUGACAACACAUCAGAAACGAUUUCCGAGCAGGAUGAAAACAAAAAGGAGCAAACAUUGAAUGACAAUGAGAAUAUCUUACAGGAAAAACUUAUGCAGGAGGAAGUUAAGAUAAAAGCAGAGGAAGCUCUUAUGAGGGAGGAAACCAUUAGGGAUGAUAAUGUGCAGACAAUAAAUCAUACACAUGCAAAUGUAGAAGCUGAGACAGUACAUAAAGUGUAUUGUAAUACAGAAGAGAAAAAAGAAUUACUGAUUGAACACGAAAGAGAAGAUAGUGAAAAGAGGGAGGAAGCGGUUUCUGAAACUAGUGGCAUUGAGGAUGGACAUGAGGGUGUUAAGUGGGAUGACGAUUAUACAAGGCUAAACUUAAUUGAAGAAAAUGAAUCAAUCACUCGGGAGAAUUCAGAGGCAUCAGAUGUCGUAUUCCAAAUGCAUGAUAAUGAGAUCGUACAAGAUGUGGCAGACCUAAAGCAGGAUAUAUCAUGUGAAAGAAAUGAAACCAUCGUGGAAACCCCUUGCUCUGUGAAGGUAGAUGAAUGUACUCAGAUUCUGGGCGAAGAAUCGGUUUCGUCAUAUAGCCUAAGUUCUAAUGAUCUGCAAGAUGUAAAGGUUGAAGUAAGAACAGAAGAGGUUACAUGCUCAGAUUCAUUGAAUGAAAGUUCAGGGAAAGCACUAACCGAGAAUCAUAAGAAAACUUCUGAAGUGGUUUCUGGAUCAAAGAAUAGCAUCAGUUUUACCUCUGAUCAUGCUGGUUUUCACCCUGAAGGUAUAACAAAUACAUCUACAACAAAAUCUCACACAGAUCAAGUUGACUCAUUGAGAAAUUCAGGACGAAUUAUGGAAAACAAGAACGAGAUUCGUCACAAUGUCGUCCCAGAGAAUAGGGGAAAAGAAGAAAGGUUGCAGAGGGCAAGAGAGAUAGAAAACGAGCGUUUGAGGAAAUUAGAAGAAGAGAGAGAAAGACAGAUAGAAAGAGAGAAGGAUCGUAUGGCUAUCGACAGAGCUACUCUUGAAGCUCGUGAAAGUGCCUUUUCUGAAACCAGGGAGAGAGCAGAAAGAGCUGCUGUAGAAAGAGCAACUGCAGAGUUCAGACAAAGAGCCCUGGCAGAGGCUCGAGAAAGAUUAGAAAAAGCAUGUGCUGAGGCUAGGGAGCGGUCAUUAGCUGAAAAGGCAAUGGAAGGGAGGCUAAGAGUAGAAAAAGCAACUGCCGAGGCUCGAGAAAGAGCAGAAAGAUCUGUUGCCGAUAAGUUCUCUAAUUACAAAAAUAGCGGAAUGAGACAAAAUUCCUUGCCCGCUGAUCUUGCAGGGUCUUACAGUGGAUUCAGAUAUUCUCAGACUGUAGCAGAGAGUGGAGGUGACGGUGAAUCACCACAGAGGUGCAAAGCUCGGUUGGAGAGGCAUCAGAGAACAGCUGACCGUGCUGCAAAAGCUUUGGCUGAAAAGAAUAUGAGGGAUCUUGUUGCUCAAAAAGAACAAGCAGAGAGAAGCAGAUUAGCUGAAAGUCUUGAUGCUGAAGUAAAAAGAUGGUCUAGCGGGAAACAAGGCAACCUGCGUGCAUUACUGUCGACAUUACAAUAUAUUCUUGGAUCUGAUAGUGGAUGGCAGCCAAUUCCUUUAACUGAAGUAAUCACUACUGCUGCCGUAAAGAAGGCUUACAGAAAAGCCACUCUUUGUGUGCACCCAGACAAAUUGCAACAACGUGGUGCAACCAUUCAGCAAAAGUAUAUUUGUGAAAAGGUUUUCGAUCUUCUCAAGGAAGCUUGGAACAAAUUUAACUCAGAAGAAAGGUAGCCGUGUCAUUUGUUCCAUCGAAGGGAAUGAACUAUCUAUAUGGCCUUUUGGAAUGAUGUAAUUGGUUCGUGAAGCGAGCAAACCCUUGCUUAAUUACAUUCGUAUCUCCUGGUGCCUCCAGUAUUUUUUUUGGGUGUAGAGGGAUGUUGGAAAGGGUGUGAAAUUGAUUAAUCAAAUUUGCUUCCAAUGUAAUUUCUAGCCUAGGAGACGUAAAUUGAGUAAAACAUCAAUCUAAGCUUUAUGCUUUUAUUAUGGGUUUGGUUCGGUUGUGAUAAUCGACCGACUUUGUUUUGUCCACUUCUAACAUAAAUUAUUUUUAACGAUCAAGCAA